AUGGCAGGAGGCCUAGAGUCCCAUGCACUGGGACCCGGACCCCAGCUCAGUGGCUGGCAGUUUAUGUCCUGCUGGGCAGACCUGUUUCCCCAGGCACUCUGGCGGCGAGAGUGGCGGGGAUCACGACGCCGCCGCCGCACGCACGCUGAGGGCACCGGGGCACGGGGUCGGCCUCCGCAGAGCGCAGUUGGCAGGUACUGGGGUCCGUGCGUGUCGCUCCGAGCAAAGUCGCCGCGCCGCAGUGACGCCGAGGCAGCGGGAAUUGUUCCGUUCCACGGGUGUCAUCCGGGACAUCCCGUUGUGGGGUCGCAACCGGCCGGGCCCUGGCCGGAGGACACGGACGCGAGCGGAGCCGUGGCGAGCGGGGAGGGCGUGGGGGUGCGGGCUGAAGAGCCGUCGCCGUCGCGACGCGCCGAGCAGCGGCUGAGCGUGCGGGAGGCCAGACCUCAGGCACCGAAGCGCGGGUGGAGUGCGCGGUCCGUGCUGGGGGCGGGGCGGCGAAAAGGGACCCAAAGUAAGAUCUGGCCUUCACGGGCUCCCGGGAGCCCCCAGAGCGGCGGCCGCGUCAGCCGUCCCUCCACGGCCGCCGCCCCUCGCCCCGCGUCUCGGUGCGGGACGCGCGCUCGGCGGGUUGCGGCUCGGGGCUCGGGGCUGGAGGCUCGCGGCGGCGGACGGGAGGGCGGAGCCGGGCCGCGGCGGCCGCGCCUCCUCGGGCCGCUGAAGGCGGGCCAUGCAGAUUCGGAGAGGCUGCUGGGCGAGGGAGAGUCGCGGCCGCCAGGGAUACGGGAUUUCUGGUUGGGAGGGAGGAGAAGGAAGCCUCCUGCCCAAAAGCGUCUGGGGAGGUACCCUCUGUCCCCUUACCACAUCCUUGGGGCCACCUGUGCCUCCGAACGUAGCUGGCCGAAAGCGUACCCACCGGGCUCAUGUGGCUCGCCCCAGCUCUCCGUAGGCCAGGGAAAACUAGGCACCGUCAACGUUCGCUACCGGCCAUCAAGAUGCCCUUAAAGGAAAGGUUCUCCACGUCUAAAUACCUGCAUCCUGGGACACAUUCCAAGUGAGCUGCCAGGGUGACUGCUCAUCGGCUGUCCCACCCGGCCGGCCUGUGGGAUACUGCGUCCGGACCUCCGACCCAUCCCGAGCAGCUGGCGACGAGGCCCCUUCACUGCGGGAACUUCAAGCCGGCGGAGGAGCCUUCCCACUUCGGGAGAUCUCUACACGCAGUCUCCCUUGGAUUCAGCUGCCUCUGCCUUUUGUAACUCCCGUUCCCUGUACGAGCCCGGACUGACCAACGCUGAGCCAGAGGUAGGGACGUCUCUAUGCCCCGGUCCAGCAGGAAGAAGUCCCAGAAGAUGAGACCUUCCGCCCUCAGAACCGUAAAGAUUUAUGGGUCUAAACUGUUUACGGGGGGCGGGAGGGGGGGAGUGAUGUGGGAAACAAAGGCAGAAGAAGAAUUAUUAAAGUUCCCUACUACCUGUAGCCCGUUGGCAAGUCCCUGAAACAGGCAGAGUGACAUUCCCUUAGGGACUCACUGGCCUCGAUGUUAAUCGAUGUUAAUCUGCCCUUUUGGUAAGGGCAGAAGGCAACCCUCGCCUGAAACCCUCCCCACACCCACCAGGAUCCUGUAAGUCUACUUUAACCCAUAAAGGGCUCUUUAUUUCUAAACCCCGCAAGGUUCGUGUUGGCAGUCAUCCCCCAAGCAUAUGGCCCACCGAUGUACAUCGGAAGGGUCUCACCCCGAGGGUUUUGCUAGACGGUAAUAGGUAAUGACAACAACAGCUCAGCCCCCUGGAGGCCCUGGAAACCUGGCUUCCAAAAUUCCUUGGAGACUUAACGCUCUCCGUGACGCCCUCCCAACUUGGAAGUAUGUUAAUGGGGACACCUCCCCGGGACCCCGCUGGGGCUCUUUCUGCCCAGGGGCCCUGUCCCCGUGCUUUAAUAAAACCACCCUUUGGUACGGAA